CUUGUGGACACUUCAAUGACAUACCAGACAAUCCUUGGCUUCGGUGGUUCCUUCACCGACGCCGCAGGGCAGAAUAUAAAUUCUCUGUCCAGCGAGACCAAGGAAUGGCUCUUGAGAGCUUACUGGGCGCCAGAAGGGAUCGAAUAUGGUGUUGGCCGCGUGCCGAUUGGCGGAAGUGACAUGUCGCCCCGAGGUUACACGUUGGACGAUGUCGAAGGCGACGUCGAACUCGUUCACUGGUCCCUGCAGCCUGAAGACUACAACUACAAGAUCCCAAACAUGAAGCGAGCCCGGCAGCUGAGCGAGCAGGAGGUACUGAUAUUCGGCUCCCCAUGGUCUCCUCCCACUUGGAUGAAGAGCAACAAAAUGUUCAACGGAACCGGCUACCUCCUACCUGAGUACUGGCAGCCCUACGCCAACUACAUCGUCAAGUGGGCCCAAGCUUACGAAUCGGAAGGUGUUCCUUUGUGGGGUCUCACUCCCCAAAAUGAACCACUGGACCAGGAGGAGGAUUGGAAUAUCAACUCGUGCCGCUGGCACCCGGACGAGAUGAGGGAUUGGACCAGAGACUACUUGGGACCAAGUCUCGAGGCCACAGGAUACGGCAGGCUCAAGAUGAUGGCUUGCGACUUCAACCGCUACACUUUGCCAUACUACGUCGAGCCUUGCUUCACUCACCCUGAGUGCAGCAAGUACGUAGAUGGCGUGGCUGUUCACUGGUACGGCGACAGAACUGAGUCUCCAGACCUUCUCCUCGAGACCCGGGACUUGGACCCGACCAAGUUCAUCCUCUACAGCGAAGCUUGUCACGCGACGAUGUGGGGACCCGACGGAGAAUUCAUCCCCCUAGGGGACUGGGCCCGCGGCGAGGAUUACUUGCUGGACAUCCUGGAGAACCUCAACUACUACUCGGUGGGCUGGGUGGACUGGAACAUGGCGAUGGACACCAACGGCGGACCACACUGGAUUGGAGCCAAUCUGGACUCCCCAAUAAUCGUCAAUGCAACUGCCGACGAGUUCUACAAGCAGCCCAAAUUCUACGCGCUGGCGCACGUGAGCAAGUUCUUCAAGCGCGGAGACGUGCGCGUCGACGCCAUCCCCACAUUGGACACGAUCAAGGCCGCUGCCGUGACCAAGCCCGACGGUUCCGUCGCAGUCGUCGUCAUUAACUUGGCGGAAGACUUCCAGGGCAUCAGCAUCUCGGUAGACGGGACGCGCUUCAUCAACACAGUCCUCGCAUCUAAAAGCUUCAACAGCUUUAUUGUACCUCCUGAGUGAAUGUUUGAUUUCACGUGCCGCCGCUAAAUACUACACAUUUGGAAUAAAGAUGAACCAAAUAUUGUUGUAAUAAUUUUGUGCAUAGGCCGAUCCAGUUAUUCUCUUUCGUUUUCUACAAUUGUGUUUUAGAAGAUCCAGUAUUAAAUUAAAAGUUUGUUAUUUAAAAAAUACAUAUGCAUCACAAGCAAUUUAAAGCAGAUUUCUGAACUUUAAUUUUAUGUUUUUAGCAUCAGCAAUAAUACUUAUUUCAUUGAAGCAGCAAAUACCCGAUAGAAUGAAACAGUUUUUCGUUCAACCGAGGCACUAUAUACAGAUAAGUAGCACAGAUAAAUUGAGAGAGGUUGAACUGGAAUGAUGUAAUUAAGGCACAUGCAAGCAUGAAGGUCAAAACGUAACAAAU